AUGAAACAUCGACAGCAGGCAAUUGCAUCAGUAUACAGAAGCUAUAUUUGUGAGAUUAGACGAUUGCCCCAUGCUUACCUUCGUCGAGUUUUCCGUCUGAAGGCAGAGGAUGGCUGUCGCGCUGCGCUGCUGACCAAAUGUAAUGAACGCAGGACGGGGAAGCUGAAGAGAACCAUACAACAACUCCGUGCUGCAAAUAAUGGCAACCACCAGGCCUUUAAUCGUAUCCUGGACCUUGCCUACGGACGAGUAGGUAGGCUGAGAUGGGAAUUGAUGGAGCCCUUACUAUCUGACCCAGACGUACCACUUCCUCCACCAAUCAUCCCCAGCAAAGAAUCCUCGCGCCCUCCCGUAUACUCCCAAGAGCUUACCGCACUUCUCACUUCGGGUCUGUCCCGCAGGAAGAGACCUUUGGUACCUGGCGACCUCAGCUUCCCGCCAAUACUUCCCGAACGUGCAGACCCUAAUUCAUCUGAUGCCCAGAUACUAGGUCCUUUUAGUAAGCGCCGGGAAGUAAACGCUCGCUGGAAGUACUUCGGACAAGAGUGGAAGAAAGUGCUCCCACCUCUCCAGAUCUCCGUUUUACCUUCUCGAAAAGUCGGUGACCAAGGCAGCGACUUGGGCACUCCGACUGCUGUCCGGAAAAUAGGCUUUGACGGUACCACUGUCCUUGAGGAGCUGGUUCAAUUAACAACAAAGCCGAAGAAUACAUCUGGUGCUUUCCUCCAAAGACGAUGGUUGCGUAGGAGAUACCAGGAAUUGUUGGGAAGGCUACCCAUCCUUACAUUCAUCUCAGCGCAAACCAAGAAGCCUGGCGGCUUCUCUGUGUCAUUGGCACCGAAUGCGCUGAGGGCACGUAGUCAAGGGAGAUCAUUAUCGUGCGCAACAGGCGAAGAUGUAGCAUGGAAUCAAAAAGCAUCCGGCGAGCAUGUAAGGCACUAG